GUCUGUGUAGAUUUAUUAUGGAAGUGAGAAAGGAGAACGGCGAAAACUAUCCCCCAAAAACUUUACGACAGUUGGUUUUGCUUAUCCAAAUGAAGUUGGUGAAUUUGGGUAGAAAUGUGCAGUUCUUAUCAGACCCGGUUUACACAGAACUGCAAACGACACUGGACAAUGUCAUGAAAGUGAGGGCAAGCGAAGGACUUGGAAUGCAUCCAAGACAGGCAGAUGUGAUUACUGUACAUCAGGAGCAAGUACUUUGGGAUAAAGGUAUUCUUGGCGAUUCAUCUCCUCAGACGCUGCUUGAUACCAUGCUAUACUUAAUUGGCCUCAACUUCGCUUUACGCAGUGGCGUUGAACACAGAAUUUUGACAGUUGAUCAAAUUGAAAUUGGAGAAAAUGACCAGGGUGAGUUCAUACGCUACCAUGAAAAGGUCAGUAAAUGCAAUCAACGUGGUUUGAAGGACUACCAUGUUACACCCAAAAGUGUUACUGCGUAUGCUAGUGAUGUAUCUGAUAAAUGCAUCGUCCACCUGUACCGGAAGUACCUCGGUCUUCGUCCUGCUGAUGCUCCUACAGCUUUAUACUUACGUCCACUUAGUAAACCCAGGCCUGAUCGAUGGUAUUCAGUGUCGCCAGUAGGAGAACACACACUGAGUAAAACGGUGUCCAGAUUGUGCGCUGCUGCCGGAUUCAGUGGUUUCUACACAAAUCAUUCGUUGAGAGCAACGUGUGCGACGCGCCUGUUUCGCUCAGGUGUAGAUGAGCAGUUGAUUGCUAAAACAACCGGUCACAGGAGUAACGCCAUUCGCAACUACAAGCGUGUCUGUACUGAACAAGAGGCGACUAUGAGCAGGAUAGUGCAAGGGAAACCAAGAAAGCGACGAAGUGAAACGGCAUCCAUGUCAUCCAGUUCAUGCGAGAAAUCUAGAGCUUUACAAAAGACCAGUACCGAUGGUAUCAACAUCUCUGUCAACGUUACGGUCGCAAAAUGAAACUUUGUGUAUGUUCUGUGAAUAAAUACAUUCUGCAGUAUACAUUGCUGUUAUUUUUUUUUAUUGUUCCAUUAAACCAUGACUAUUUAGUUUCAGUUCGUAGUCUAACCAACCCAGAUAUUAGACUACGACCGGGACUACUUUUUAAAUGUUUGCUUUCAUGUUGGAAUCUGACCAGCUUUACUUCACAUCAGCGUUUGCCAAUUACAAUCAUCCAACCAAAACUAGGCGCAGAUUGUUGAAAAGGUCUUAUGGAACAAU